AUGUCUCCCGCCAAACCAUGCGCUACACCGACACCCAUGGGCGUGAGCUCGCCUCCCUCCCUUGACCUCAGCACUCACACGUGGAUCGAUGAGCGGACAUACCCGGGGAUCAUUGACAACAUUGUGCGCUCCGCCGACAGGGCCGUGCACGCCGCGUUCCAGUGCACGUCGCGACAUUGGCGGAAGCGCGUCGAUGUUAUCCGCUCCACGCAUCUGGUGCUCGAUGGCGAGCUCUACACGGACUUUCCACGGCGCUUCUCAGACAACCGGCUGCACAACGGGCUUAAGCUGUACUUCUUUAACGAGCUCACCUACCACGUGUCGUCGUCGGACUCGGACCCGGACAUGCAGAUCAGCUUGCCGGCAAUGAACGUGACGCGCACGCGCGUUCUCGACAUACGCAACACGGUUCGCCGGCCUGUAUUUGACGCCGUUGCGGCGCUCUUGCCACCCCUCGACACCCUACGCGUGUAUGCGUACUUCGAGCUGAUCCAGCCCUGGGGGCUGUAUCAGAGUGACUGCUUCACCGCUUUCUUCUCGCAGGGGUACACGCCGGGUACCCCUCGGAACGAGCCGUGGCGGAUGCGCACGCUCGUUGUAUUCAGCCAUCUUGGGCAGCACGCCCUGUCGGCGUACCGCAUCGCCAUCAAUCCUUUUGACCUGCCCAAGGCCGUCCGGCGAUUGCAACUUGAGCUCGAGGUAGAGCAUCUCGUCGUGCACUUGGCCGUGCCCGGCGGUGAAGCGCCGCUCGCGGGCUUUGAGCGCGAUGUGUACCCCAUACCAAGUUUGACGCGCGCCACAUUCAUCUUCACCCCGGCGACGCGGCCGUGGCGUAGCCCCACUAAGGCCCGGGAGACAGACACCCUCGGCGACCUCAAAGCUGUUGUGGAGGCGCUAGGUGUGCCCGUCACCUUCGUAGGCUUCGAUCUCGUGAAGGGCCGCGUUAACGGCAACAUCAAGGACCUGGGCGUCACGGUCGUUGACACGGCCACGUACCGCGCACAAGUGGGCGAGGUCGAGUGGGCUGUGUUCACCCGCGAGGCUGAGGCUAGGCCGCCGUCCUAUGCUGAGCGAGAGCGAGCGGAGAAGAGAAGGCGAGCUAGAGCUGGCACAUGA